UUUGCCUGUAGACAAGAUACGUUUGAUUUAAACUCAACAUGUAAAUCACAGAAAUCAAGCAGGAAAACAGGAAAGGGUUCAGGUAGCAGAUUAAAAUAUGAAUCCAGUAAGAAACGAGAUUCUUCUAAAACAUCUUCCGAGGCAGAACUUGCUGGAAUUGGUGCUAGAGAUACUUCAUGUUUUUUAUUUCAUGCUAUUGGAAAAAUACUCCACUGUAAACGAGGAGAUCCAUCAACGUAUGAUAAUCUUCCCAGAUUACCAUCACAUCUGUCUCAUCAUGAAAGACAUCCACUUUUAAUUAAUCCAGAGGAUGUUGUAGAAAAAAGUCAAGUAUCAGGAGAUUACUUUGCUUCGUUUUUACAUCAGAAUUACGUAGAUUUUUAUACAGAUAUUGAUGAUGUAGUAAACGCUAGUGAAUAUCUUAGUCUAGUCGAUACCUUCUCUUCACAGUGGUCUACUAAAACAGCUUUACAGAACUAUGCUACUUCCCUAGCAUCAAGGGGAAUUAUUCAUGCAAAUACAUCGAAUGCUAAAUUUGAUGCACCCAGAUCUGGAAUAGGCUGGCGACCAUUACACAAAUCACAGUGGUUCACAGUACAGAGACAGGCAAAAAAGAAUUCAGAAACAGCAUGUAGUCUUUUCAGAGGAUAUCAUUGGGAACCUGAAGUUCUAUGGACAGAAAUUUUACCAAAUCUGAACAGAAUAAACGUUACUAUGAGAAAUCCAGCACAGAUCAGUUUUAUUCAAGAAAUGGGAAGAUUUUGUCAAAGAUCAUUUCAAAAUAAGGGCGAGAAAUUGGAUGAGCAUGAGGUAGUAGAUGCUGACAAUGAAGAUACGACUUCACUUCCUGUCACUCAAAAAUUCGACCAACCAGGAGACUUGAUUUCUGACAGCCAAUCAGAAGUAAAAAAUAAAACUGUUGAAGAAGAGGAAGAUGAAAAAGAAGUAGAAAUUGAUGAAUAUUUCGACUCUGAUUGAAUAAUAAGACUUAAUUAAAACUGAGAUGAAAACAUGAGACCUAUUUAAUUCUGAAAUUAUAUGGUUGUGACAAAGAAUAUGACAAAUAUAUACUAAUGUGUAUACAAUCAGUAAUCAACAUGGUUGCUAUGGUUACCAACUCUCUGAGCCUAUUUCUAAACUAGCUAUUCUAGUAAUAAAAUUUAACCUCUGAUUUGCGUCCUACGGAAAAUUAAAGUAGUGUGUGAUGUCAUUGAGCAGUGGUCUGCUUUUGGUUAUUGUGGUAUAUUCUAGACCAAUCUAGACCCCUAGAAAAAUGUGAGUAAUGUGUGAUGACUUAGUGAGCAAACCCAACAUAAUUUGCAAACUUUGGUUAUUCUAACUGAUGAUAGAUCUGAUGGAAUUUACACUAUAUGUUGUAUUUCUUCACUUGACAUUCGCCAUAUUGGAAUAUCUAUGGGGAGUAUGUACAGAGUGAGUGAUAUUUACAGAUAUUUACUAUGUAUCUCUAUACAAUUUAUAACUUAUAGGCGUACAUGUAAACAUGUAGCCCUUUACCUUGUGGUAAAUUCAAUGUUAAUACAAUUUCAGACGAAAAUUAUCUCUCAAUCUGAUCAUCUAUACAAGUCGGGGUUAAAGUAGAGUUAAAAGUUUGCAAUUUAUCUGUUUCACUGGACAUAGAAAUCUUCACAGGCAACUUGAAGGAGUUAUAUGAACCUCUAAGUGGCAUAAAGUAUAUUGUAAAAAAAUUACAAGUGUAUAAUAAUUAAAAAAGACAAGAAUGAGAUUUUGUUUAUCACCAAGUACCUUUCAUAGUUUAAAAAGAAAAAAUAGAUAUUAAUUAGAUUGAAUUUAUAAAAGUAGGUUGAAACUAUAUCUUCAAGGAGGUAUUGUUGGGCUAUAGCUAAAUACCAAACCAACAAUAUUACCUGUGCUAGAGAUUAUUGGCUCAUAAUUAAAGUAGUAGAUAGCAAUCGUUUUCCAGGUUGUUAUUUAAAAUAAAAAUCUAACCCUUGAGCUCCUAGGUUUUAUUUCAAAUAACAAUAUUGGAAAGAGAUUGCUAUCUAAUCAAGACAAACUUUAUAAAUAAUGCUACUUUUACUUUAUAAAUGUAAAAUUCACAGCAUGUUUUUAUUUGAGGUUAAUAUUACCUCAAUAUCAACCCCAAAUGACUUUACAGAAUUUUGAUACAGGGGCAGGGGCGGAUCCAGGAAUUUUCGCAGGAGGGGGGUUGCCAGGCUCCUGUUAAGGAAAUUUGACAGUUGACAAUGCAUGAUGCCAUGAUGUCUCUUAAUUAUGUAGGCAUAAAUAGACAUUGAGGUUUUGAAAGAGAGAAAUCCAACACCUCGAUUGAUGUUAAUUUAUAUAAUGAAUUAAUAGGAUCACAUUGUGAUUCAAUUUCAUUGAUGUAAAGCAUUAAAAUGUGAUAUCACAUAUGUCUAUAUUAUUAUCUGGUGCUUUGAAUGCCCAUCCCAUCCCCACUGUCUAAUGAUAAAGGAUAAAACACACGACCAUUACACUUUUCCCAUAAAGUGUUGUUUUAUAAUUUUCUUUAUGUAGCUGAGCAGUGUUGGUUUGGUUUGCCCCCCCCCCUCCACCACCUCUGGAUCCGCCCCGUGAGGGGAAUAGUUUAUUUAACUUGAGGUGUGUAAAGUAUUUAUUAUAUUGUAGAUAUACAUGUAUAUAUUAUAUUGUUAUGUUAAUGUAUGAACCAUGCUUAGAUUAUUAUAAGUGCUAUUAUUAAAAUAUCAUGGUUAAUUUACAAUAUGAGAUUUCUGAAUUACUUGUUGACAUGUGAAAUAAAUUAUUUUCAAGAUAA